CAAGGUGAGAGCUUUAAUUUUUGGCAUGAGAGAAAGGGAGAGAGAGAGAGAGAGAGAGCAGCCAAGGGAGGAACCCUUUCUCUCGUUUUCAGCCGUCCAAAGAGCACCCAUGGGAAGCUGUUCCAACCUUAGAAGGGGCUUAGAGGAGGAUCUGAGUUGGGCAUCUGGUGAGGAUGAAGUUCUUGCGCCAAGAGCUGGAAGAGGAAGUGAAGAGCUACUGAAGUUCUUGGAAGAUCUUGAUCUGCACGUCUGGGAGGAGAUGGAUCCCAAAAUUUUACAAAGAAAGUCUACAAGAGUUGAAGGAUUGUCACGUGAUCCUGUGCAAUUGGAGGAAGAGAUGGAAGAUCGUUUUAGAAGGAUUCAAUGUUAUCUUUGCAGUUGCGUCUGAGCUUAAAACUGUUGUAUAGAUUUAGUUGAUGUUUGGGAUGUUUUGUAUUAUUACAACAUUUUAAGUUUUGAAGUUAUAUUUUAAAUUCUGGGUGA